ACGCCAAGACCAAUAGGUAGCGUGUGUAGUUAGCUCUCAGGCGCAAGCCGCGCUGAGCCAGCCAUUGGCCACGCCAACAAAUACACAAAGCGCCUGAACCAAGGGAGUGUGGUGGAGCUGUCUGAGAGACACUAGGCCGCGCAAAUGCGUCUCGUGCGUUACGAGGCGAUGCUUCUUCCCUCAUGCCAUCGCCGAAAUAUCAGCUUAGUUAUUUCCGAGUCGCCACGUGACAGUUUAUUUUCGCCGCUCUGUUGUUCGAAGAGCCUAAGGAAGCGUUCUUAUUUUACCUCCGAACUUUUGCACGCGCUAACUUGCUGCUCACGCUUCAAACGUGUGCCGAAUAAUUCCAACGCGCGUUCAGGACCCAACCAGUGUGACGAAUAGUCAUCCUCCUCCUCUUCGUAGGUUCCUCCUGAUGUCAUAUGCGCAGUAGCGCCUCCGUUUCACGUACUGUUACAAAACAUAAACUACUUCGGUACGUAGCGAAGCUGCCGUAACCGUUGACCCUUGGCAUUUUCCGGCGUUCGUUCAACCACUAUCGGUCUGGGUGUUCGUUUACUUCGCCCCGGGACACACCUUCACCACUUUCAUACCUAGUCCGUGCCGCGCCUUCGCUCGUACCGCCGACCGCUACCCCCUCAACCGUCGUUCGCCGUUGCGGGCUAUCAGACGCGCCGUCAGAAGCCGUCGCACGCUCCCAGUCGUGCCCUCGUGUGACCCCACGCCUUGCGGUUUCCUAGCCAAUCCGUGUCGCUCGUCGUGUCCGCUUGGCGUUCGCGCGCUUUCCGCUUUCCCGUAGCCAGCGGCUCCUCUUGCCGUAUUUCCGUGACUCCAGGGGGCUCGGGACACGGCAGUGAUGUCAGCGCAUGCGGUGUGAUGUCAGAGUCGCAGCGGCGGAGGCAGGCCACGAGCCAUGGAGAUGGCCCUCCCGGUCGCGUCCGGCGCCAACCAGCAGCCGCUCCUGCCGCCACAGGCGCUGCAGCACCAGCACGGGCAUCGGCAGCACCAGCACCAGCACCAACCAAUCAGGAAGAAGCUGUUAAGACACAGCGCGGGUGGCAACGGGAGUUUGAGUGGCGAAGGAGGCGUCAGGACGAUUGAGGAUAGAACGGUGGAUGACGGCAGCGAGGGGGCUGCGGCGGUGCUCAGGCACCCGCAGGAGCAGCGGGGUCGCGAGGUGCAGCAGCGGGAGGACCGGUUCGGAGGGAUGACGCCAGCUGUAGCAGGAGAUGUGGUGUUAGAGGGGGUGAGUGUAGCGGGGAGAGGGCCUGGUGAAGGCGGGGAAGCGAGGAGCGUGAAAGUGGAGGAGGAGGAGCAGGCGUGGGUAGUGGAGGUGGCGAAGGAGGGGGCGAAGGAGGAGGCGAAGGGGGAGGCGAAGGAGGGGGGGGAGCAGGGGGAGAAGAAUAGUCAAGAGCAGGUGCAGGAAGAAGCGGAAGACGAGCUUAGAGUAAAGCAGGAGCAGGCAUUCCUUAGCACAGAUAGUCAGCAGCAGCAGCAGCAGAGGGGUGCUGAGACUAGCAGUCAAGGGCAUGAUGGGACGGAUGCGGGUGCAUUGGAGGGCGAGUGGCGCGAGGGAGGGGGCAGUGAGCAAGUCGUGUACAGGCUGUGCAGGGUCGACUCAGCUGACCCCGUAGACCCCGUAGACCCCGUUGACUGCGUUGACUUCCUCGACGCCGUGCCCAUAACCGAGCGCGAGCUCGAGGAGCUCCACGCGUGGAUGCUCCGCCACGCGCCCGACGCGCUCUCCCUGCCCCUGCCGCCCGGGGCGCUGGAGGACGGGGAAGAGGCGGACAUGGGGGAGUGGCCAUCGGGGGAAGGAUUAGGGUUGGGGGAGGAAGGCGGUGCAGGGGAGGGGGAGGAGGCCCCCCUGCCGUCCGCGGCUCUUCCCUGGUGGGACGCGGAGAUCGGAAUUGUAGGGACUGGGCAUGCACGAGAAGGGCAGCAAGGGAGGAGCGUGAAGGCGGAAUUAGGGUUAGGGGUAGGGGAGGUCGAGAGGGGCUCGGGGGGGCGCGCGGGUCAGGUUAAUAUCAGCGGGUGCGUCAAUGGCAUGCUUCCUCUGCCAGCCAAUGAGACGAGGGCAGGUGUCCACGCGCGCCAGGAGUUCUUGGAUUUUCUUCUGCAAGAGAUUUCGCACCACAAGCUCUCACACGGCCACAGUAGCGCCGACCCUAGCGCCCACCAGCGGCACAUUGACCUCCCCCAAUCCCACUCCCUGCGCUCUCCUCCCCCCCCACCCCACCAUCCUGCCCACCAGCAACCCCAUCCGCCCUUCCUCUCCGCCCCCCGCUCCUUUCCCGCUCAUGGGCGCGUGGGGCGGCCAAGGGGGGCUCUGGGCGGGGGUAGGGGGCGGAGGGGGAGGGGUAGGGGCUCAGGAAUGGCUCGGCGCGCUGCUGAUGGCGGCGCUGGUGGUGCAGGGCGCGCGGAGGAAACAGGGGGGUCGCACGCUGUAGCUGGUGCAGCAGGAAGGGGUGCGGGGGAGGAGCAGGGGGCGGAGGGCGGAGCACGGGGGGCAGCGGAAGGGGAGGAGGAAGGGUAUGCAGGGGGGAGGGCGAGGGUGGGCCGUCGCAGCAGGUGGCGAUUGGGCGGACGGGGGAGGGACGACGAGGUGGUGCGGAGGGGAUGGGGGGCAGCGCACGCGCGAUCAGCAGGGGACGGAAGGGCGCGGGGAGGGGCAGUGGAGGACACAGAGGAAGUAGAAGAUGGGCUGGAGCGAGAUGGUGAUGAACUAGGACUUGAUGGGCAAGGGUUAAGGUUAGAGGGAUCGGCGUGGGAGUGGUUAGGGUUUGGUGGUUGGCCCACCCGGCCUCGCAGCAGGCGGGGUCAAACGGGUCAACGGAGUCAACGUCCACCUGCUGCCACGUUCGCUGCUUUGAUCGCCGAGGCGGACGUUGCAGCUAUGCGACAGCCAGCAGCAGCGGGUACUGGCGCCUGUGAGCGAGCGCCAGUGGGUGCAGCCCCUGGCCCUGCGUCAUAUCCGCAUAGCCCGCGCUCUCCCCCCGCCUCCCCCAUUGCUUCCGCCCCUGCUUCCCCGGUUGCACGGCCUAGAGGGGGGCAUGGGGAAUUGCAGCAGGCGGAGGAGGGCAGGGGGAGGAGGACGAGCGCGAGGCGGGCUGGUGCGCAGCAGGCAGCAGCGCUGCAGGCAAAGGUAGAGCCGGGGGAGGCGUCUGCUGAUAUUGCCGGUGUGGCUGCAGCAGUGGGUGGCGCUGCUGCUGCUGAUGCUGUUGCACGGGGAACAGCGGUUGGAGGGGUGUCUGCUGCUCCUGGGGAGACUGCUGUGAGAGAGAGUGAGGCGCAGCAGGUGGCGCAGCAGCAGGGCGGAGGGGCAGGAUCAGGGGGAAGAGGGGGAGGAAAGAGGCGGAGGUUGCAGUCUGGGUGGCAGGCAGUGGGGGAAGGGGCAGGGAAGGGGGAAGGGGGAGGGGAAGGGCGACUGCAGGCCGAUGGAAUUGAAGAGAACGGAGGGUCGUUGGGGGAGGGAGUGAAGGAGGGGGUUCACCAUGCAGCAGGAGGUGGAGCAGAAGAGGGCCGGGACGAGGCAAGAGAGGAGGCGAGAUUAGAUCAACUGUGUGACGGUGCCCACCAAACUGCCGCUGCAUGUGCUGCAGGUGCUGCCAGCGGUAGUGCUCGUGCCCGUGCGUCUGUGGAUGGGGCUGGAAUGGGCGUGUCAAAGGAGGCGGAGAGCAGGGGGGCGCACGGUAGGUUAGGGAGGGGCAGAGGCAGAGGCAGAGGCAGAGGGCGAGGCAGGUGGAAGGUGGAGGGGCGGAUAGCGAGGGAAGGGCCGGGCAGAAGGGUGAGGGGAGGGGGGGAGGCAGGGGCUGUGUCUGCUCGUGGCGAGACGGCUGAGAUGGGGCCGGGAGGGAGCUGGCGCAAUCGUGUGGGCGGGGAGAGCGCAGCUUCUGACACACGAGUGUCGGCAGCGGUUGCAGCAGGAAACGGGAGGGCGGAGGCGGCGGGAGGGGAGAUUGAAGAAGGGAGGGAGGGGCAAGAGACUUGGGCUCAAGCGGAGGAGGUGAGAGGUGAGAGCAGAGGCAGUGGGGAGGCAGGGGAAGGGGCGGGUGAGGGAGAGCAGGUGAACGGGGGUGGAGGGGAGCAUGAGAGAGGGGCCGUGGGCCCUUCGGUCUCCCGGCAGCUGAGGCUGCAGCGGCGACAGAUGAUCCAGAAGCAGUGGGAGGAACGGCAAAGGUUGCAGCAGGCACAGGCUCGGCAGGCAAAGGUUCGGCAGGCACAGGCUCGGCAGGCACAGGCUCGGCAGGCACAGGCUCGGCAGGCACAGGCUCGGCGUGCACAAGUUGAACAAGUGGAGUCAGGGGAAAUGCAGCAAGGGGCAGAGGCCCAGCCCCUGCUGCCCCGGCCUGCCGCAGUGGCCGUUCCUGGUGGGGCUGUGGCGGAUAGGGCGGAGGGGGCCGAGGGAGAAGCACGAUUUGGGGGAGGAGCAGGAGAAGCACGAUUUGGGGGAGGAGCAGGAGAAGCAGGAUUUGGGGGAGGAGCAGGAGAAGCAGGAUUUGGGGGAGGAGCAGGAGAAGCACGAUUGGGGGGAGGAGCAGGAGGAGCAGGGAUGCAGGGGGUGGCAGAGAGCGGGCAAGAUGUGGAUGCGGCGAUGGAGGAGAGAGCAGGAGGGGCAAGGGCAGGAGAGGACAGCGUGGCAGCGGGUGUGGCCAGAGAAGGGAGUGUGGGGAGAGUAGGGGAAGGAGAGGAGGGACACGGAGAGGCGGAAUUAGGAGAGGGCGAAAAAGGAGAGGGGGGAUUAGGAGAGGGCGAAAAAGGAGAGGGGAGAUUAGGAGGGGGGGAACAAGGAGAGGGGGAGAAAGGAGAGGGGGAUACGCUUAUGGAGGAGGAGGGGGAGGAGGAGCAGGGCGAGGGGAGGCGAGCAAUGGCUGGUGCAGCGGCAGCAGAGGAGGAGAGUGAGAGGCCUGUGGUGGAGGGGAAGGAUCAAGAGCUGCAGAAGAGAAGCAAGGGUGAGAGGCGGCUGCAGGCGGAGCAUGUGGGGGAGAGGCCACAUGUGGGGGAUGGGCAUGCUCUUGGACCGACAGCAGAGGCAGAGAUGGCGCCAACAGGAGAAGAUGAUGCGGAACAAUCUCAGAGGGUAGAUGAAACUGUAAAUGAAACACAUGUACAGUUACAGACACUGACACAGACCAGUCCGCUGGCGGAAUCCAAGAAUCGAAGACACGUCCAGGGAGCAGGUGGGGCAGGCGCAGAGGCUGAGGCGCAAGCAGGCGGCGUUGCACAUGUACAGGUGGCACAGGCUGAGGUGGCUGAGGUGGCACAGGCUGAGGUGGCACAGGGUGAGUUGGCACAGGGUGAGUUGGCACAGGGUGAGUGUGCACGAGUUGAUGCGGAGAGGGAUAGGCAAGAAGAAAGCAAGGCGGGGCGUCAUGUUGAGCUUUUGGCGAGGAAUGGAGUGCAGAGGGGCAAAGUGCAGAGGGACGAAGCGGUGAGGCAGGGCAAGGCACAGCUGACAGGCGAGCAGCAGCAGGCAGGGGGGCACCGGCGGAGAGUCAAGGCAGGGAAGGGCGGGCAGCAGGCGCAGCAGUCGAGCAGGCAAGCACAGGGGCAAGGGUGGAAGGAAGGGCAGGCAGGGAGGCAAGGGCGCGAUUGGAGUGGUGGGCGGGUGGGAAAGGAGGGAGGUAUUGCGAGAGCAGGGGAGAGCAGUGGAGCAGGCGAAGCCCGUGCUCAUGGCAGCGCUGCAGCUGGGGGCGAUUUGCAGCCAGUGCAGGAGGGUGGCAGUCCGCAGCACACGAUGCGACACGCACAGGUUGCUGCUGCCUCCCCUCGUCCCCCGUUCUCACCAUCCGCACAGGCAGCCCUGUCAUUGCCACAUGGCGCACUGUCACCCCCUCAACGCGUGCCAGAUGUCAUGGUUGAUGCAAAUCGAAUCGAGGAGCCGCCUGCUUUUGGGGGUGGGGAUGCGCGGUCGAAGCACCAGGGAGAUCGCAGGGCGGAGCAGCAGCAAAGUGUGGAGGGGGCACAAGGGCCGCACAGGCAGCAGCUUCAGGAGGGUCAGCAGCAGCAGCAGCAGCACGGAACGCAGGAAGAGGGCGAGUGGCGGGGGAAGCAGGAGGAGCAGCAGGAGGAGUGCCAGAACGCGGUUGGGGUGGACAAGCAGGGCUUGGCGCAGCAGCAGCAGCAGCGGGCGCUGAGGGAGCAGCAGAAGCAGCAGCGGCUGCAGCAGAAGCGGCAGCAGAUGCAGCAGAAGCAGCUGGAGCAGCGGCGGCGGCAGCAGCAGCAGCUGGAGGAGGAGAUGGAGCGACAGGCCCAGCAGGAGCUCCAGCGGCAGCAGCAGCAGUUCGGACUGGCUGGUGCGUGGCAGCAGCAGCUGCUGCAGCAACAGCAACAGCAACGGAGGGCGCUGGAGCAGCCGCAGCAGCAGCAACAAGAGCAGCCCUUGCAGCAACCAUCUCAGCAGCAGCAACAGCUGCAGCAGCCACAGCAGCAGCAACAAUUACUGCAGCAACAGCAACAGCAACAGCAGCAACCGCUGCCGCCACCGCCGCUGCCACCACAGCAGCAGCAGCAGCAGCAGCAUCAGGUGGGGGGGCAGGGAGCAGGGGUUCAGGUGCAGGACGUGCUGAGUGAGGCCGUGCUGCAGCAGCUGUGGCAGCAGGUGCUGCAGUCGCGAGGCGCAGCGGUGGCAGCCGCCACACUGCUGGAGCGACCGCAGCUGCUGGUUCAGCUGCUGGCCCGGCAGCAGGAGGAGCGGCUGGCAGCAGGUGCAGGCGCACAUGUGGCAGCCGUAGGAGGAGCAGGAGGUGCACACGUGGCAGCAGCAGGAGGAGCAAACGUGGCAGGAUUGCCUCUUGGUUGGGAGCAGCGACAGCAGCAGCAGGUGCAGAUGGUGGGAGUGGCAGGCAGUGGGAGAGGUGCGAGGUGGGGCAUGGGAAUGAGCCCCGGUGUGGGCGUGCACAUGAGCAGCCCUAUUACCAGUCCUCUCCACACACCUGCUGCCUCCCCCUUUAUGCCCCCAGCUGCUGCUGCCUUUGUUUCGCCCGCCAUCCCCCCCUCUGCUGCAGCUGCCUCCUCUCGCUCCCCGCUCUCGUCUCCACCCCAUGCUGCUGCUGCUUCUCCUGCUGCCGCUGCUGCCCCUCCUGCUGCUGCUGCUCGCGCCAGCCCCAACCACGUUACAAGCGCCAGCCCCUUCUCCAGCCCACUCCGUACCUUGCCCACCCCUCUGCCUCCUGCUGCUGCGCCUGCUGCUGCUGCCAGUACUGCACCUGCCGCUGCUGCUGCUGCUGGUGCUGGCAGUGGUGGCAGCAAAGGGAAGGGGAGGCGAGUGGGAGGCGUGGGCGGAGGCAGUGGGAAGGGAGGGAAGGGGAAGGGACGAGAGACAGGGGGGCAAGGGAAAAAAACCGCACCAAUUGCAGCAGGCGCUACAGCUGUUGACUCAGGCACUGCUGCUGGGAAGGCAGCUGCUACAGCUGCGUCUGAUCACCAUGUUGCAGCAGCAGCAGCUGCUGCUGCUUCUACAGCCGGGUUGGUGAAUGCUAUGGCUGGUGAAGCAGGUGCUACAGCUGGCAAGAGGAGUGGAUUAGGCAGUGGUGCUAGUGGGGCAGGUGGGGCAGUUGGGGAGGGUGCAGGAGGAGGAAAGGGGCAGGGGAGAAUGGAGGAGGGUGGCAGAGCAGCAGCCCAAGGGGCUGCAGGAUCAGCGGAAGUGAGUGGGAGAGGAGUGGGUGAGAGAGGAUGGAGUGAGAAAGUGAUAGAGAAGGGAGUGAGUGAGAGGAGCCGGAGGAAGAGAGUGCUCAACUCGAGGUACUUUGAGGGCGAGUUCCAAUUCGAGGGUGACUCUAUUGAGGGGGAGGAGGGGCAGCCCUCGGAACAGGAUGCUGAGUGGCAUCCGUCGUCUGCUUCUGCUCCCACGGGUGCAACAGCAGCAGCAGCAGCAGCAGGAAGAAGGGGAGGAGGAGGGGGUGGCGUGUUAGGCCAAGGAGGGAUGGGUGUGGGUGGUCAGAGUGCGGACUUUGCAGCCACAUUAGGGUUUACUGUAGAUGCUGACGCGGCUGGCAUGGCGACAGCCAUGAUGGCUUGGGAAAGGCAGCAACUGGGUGAGGGUGCUUCCUCUCUGCCCAAUGCUGCCAGGGCGGCAGGAGGAGCGGUGGCAGGGGUAGGAGGAGGAGGAGUGGCAUCGCAGGAUGCAGCUACGGUUGCUGCUGCUGCUGCUGUGGCGGCUGCUGCUGCUGCUGGUGGGAAGGAGCGACCUCCAGGAAAGAAGAAGAAAUCGUCAGCAUCAUCCCCAGCAGCUGGCAUCGCAUCCCCCCAGAGGCAGCCGAUGGCUCAACACCAGCAGGCGCAGCAGAGGGGGGGCAGCAUGUCAGGCAGCGGAGGCAGAGGGAAGGCAGGCGGCAAGAGGAGCGAGCAGAGAGGGUCACGAGCGCCUGGGGGCGGAGGAGGAGCAGACGGGGCGUCUGGAGAGGGAGGGGCGGCAGCAGCCGCACUGGAGGCAACACGGCCAGCAGCAGCAGCAGCAGCAGCGGCGGCGGCGGCAGCAGCAGGAGGGUCGCCUCCAGCCCCCACCCCUUUGGGCAUCGGCCCCCUGGGCGCUGCUCUGGAGGGGCUGGGCCCUUCCAGCGCCAAGCUCCAGGAAGCCUCGUGGAUGGAGCUGUCAAGCAUGGUCGGCCUCUCCCCUGCCCCUGCUCUCACCCCCCUCCCUCCUGCCGCCCUCCCUUCGGCGCUUGCCGGCGGGGCCCUCCCCAGUGCAGCCCUAGGCAAGCAGCAGGCAGGGACGCCCCUCAGUCCGCUGUCCCAGCAGGCGCAGCAGCGGCAUGGCAUGGAUAGGGGGAGUGCAGCUGCCGCUGCUGCUGCUGCUGCUGCUGCUGGUGGGGGGUCAAGGAAGGGGGGAGGAGCAGGAGGUCGGGCGGAGGGGGGAGGAGCAGCACGGAGGCAAGCAGCAUCAGGCAGGGCAGGGAAGAGGGCAGCCGCUGCGGGAGCAGCAGCAGGAGCCGCAGCGGCAGCAGCAGCAGCAGUUGCAGCGUUUUCUGACUUUGGAGGGGUGAGCAGUGGGGGCAGCGGAGGCGAGGGGGCGGGCGAUGCGCGCAUGUACACGGCCAACGGGGGGCUGCGGCGCAAGCACCACCGCCCGUGGACGCUGCGCGAGGUGAUGAUCCUCGUGGAAGGCGUGGCGCGGUGCGGCGGGGGCAAGUGGGCCGACAUCAAGAAACUCGCGUUCGCGUCUAUUGGCUACCGCACCGCUGUUGACCUCAAGGACAAGUGGCGCAAUCUCCUGCGCGCAAGUAGGAUGGCGCUUCAACCACCCAAAGAGGGCGAGCAGCGCAAGAAGCAGGUGUCGGCGUCCAUCCCCCCAGCCGUGCUGGCGCGCGUGAGGGAGCUCUCGCAGCAGCAGGAGCGCGCCGCCCAGGUCAAGCUGCACGCUGCUGGGGCGGGGGCGGGGGCGGGGGGAGGGGCAACGGGAGGUGCGGGGGAAGCAGGGGCAGGGGGAGGGGAAGGGGGAGGGGAAGGGGGAGGGGAAGGGGAAGAAGCAGGGAAGCUGCCAGGGCAAGGGGCGGGGGAAAGGGAUGGGGAUGGGGAAGAGGGGGGAGGUGUUGGUGGUGCCGUGUCUGGUCGUCCCGCUGCUGCUGGUGCCGCUGCUGCCGGCGGCACAAAUGGUGCUGCUGGAGGGGCAGGUGCAGGUGCCGGCCCAUUGUCACUGCCUGCACCCGCGUCAGCCGCCCACACCGCUAUCAGCCCUCCCCAGCACAACCUGCCUUCCUCCCCCCUCCCGUCUGCCCUCCCCUCCAGCCUCCCUCUCCCCUGCUCUCCAGCCUCCCUCCCUGCCCUUUCACGCCUCCCACCCAAGCCUCGCUUUGCCCCGGACCUGCUGUCUGCUGAGGAGGAGGAGCAGGGAGGGGGGGGGGACGAGGAGGAAGAGACGAUGGGAGUGGGCGAGGGUGUGGGGGAGAGGGCGGAGGGGGACUCAGGGGGGGGGGAGGAGGAGGGGGAGGGAGAGGGAGAAGAGGCGGUAGAGGAGGAGGAGCAGGGAGAGGAGCAGGGGGAGGAGCAGGGGGGGUGUGACGAGGAGCUGGUAGGGCUGGCGGAGAGCUUCAGGAGCAGCGCGGACGCCAUGGACCUGCCAUCGUGGGUGUGACGCCAUGGCUUGACCCCGGGUAUCGACCCCUGAUUGACCCCGUGGUCUCGACUACAAGUCCCCAUGGCUCGCACGGGUCAAGCUGCGUGCAUGAGGGUUGAGGCCCAUCUGUGUGCUGUGUGCUGCACACGGCCACACUCUUGACUCAUGAGUUGCCACGCCACUAACUCCCCAGUGCGCCCUGCCCUCCUCACCCAACCCCAUGCGCUUUCCUCCCCCCACCUUCCUCCCCCCACCUUGUUGUAUUUUGAGUCGACUCAAAAUACAACUCACCACGCCACUAACUCCCCACUGCGCCCUGCCCUCCUCACCCAACCCCAUGCGCCUUCCUCCCCCCACCUUCCUCCCCCCACCUCGUUGUAUUUUGAGUCGACUCAAAAUACAACUCGCCACGCCACUAACUCCCCACUGCGCCCUGCCCUCCUCACCCAACCCCAUGCGCCUUCCUCCUCCCACCGUGCCUGCACUCACCGCACCCAGCGACAGCGCAUGGCACCUGCGGCAGCGGCUGCGCGCACUGUGUUCCCCCUGGCCUGCUGUCAACAACACUCGUAUCUGAGUCAGCACCCUGCUGAAUGGCAGGCCCUUAUGGCGCUGCGGCUUUCAGCAUCUGCUGCUUAUGCAGUGAAUGUGCACAGCGGCCGUUACUGGCUGUUGCGCUCCACUAACAUGACAUUGUAUUAUAAGGGGUAUAGCUAUAUAAGACCUACGGUACUUACAUUGUUCCAGUGGGGGUUAGCGGCGGUGGGUUACUGGGAACAGGAAGGAAUCGGCUCGGAUGCUCUUCUCGUGCUGUCCGCUGUACAGGUAGUCCAAUGAAAUUGCCUUGGCUGG